AUGAAAUAUCAUAAAAACUGCCUAUUUAAAAACGAAUCUAAUCCCUCUAUUUCUCAGAGAAAAACGUCUAAUAAUGAUACAUUAUCUUUUCUACAAAUGAUUUUUCCUCAACAAGAUACAGACGUUUUGAAACAUAUUCAGGAAGAAUAUGGAAAUAGUCUAGAAAAAGUGAUAAACGAAAAUUUAGACAUUAUGGAUGAUGACAAGAAUUAUGAUUCUUUAAAUGAUUCGUUUUCCAAAGAUUCGCUUGAAAUUCCAAAGACAAAGCGUAAAAAAAGUAAAAAGAUAAAGAAUAUUCCAUUAGAUGAAUGGUAUAAACGUAAUGAAGCUCAGGAAUCGACAGUAGAUUUUAGAAUGAAACCAAGUCUAAAAUGGAAUGAUAUUAUUCCGAAUAUUGAAUGGCUCGCUGACAUUUUUAAUAUUCCUAAAAAACAAGCUGCAUCAAUUUAUCAUCAAUCAUCGGUUUCUCUGUCGAAAUCUGUGUAUAAUUUAUUAUCAAGUGAUUAUAUGAUACAAAGAAUAAACGAAUCGCUUGUCAUGUUACAACAUGAUUAUAAAAGCAAUCUGAAACAAUUAAAAAAGCAAUUUCCGUCUCUAGAAGAACAUAUGUAUAGCAGAAUAUUGCUUUCGGUAGAAAAUGAUCUUCCAAAAGCAAUAAGUGUAGUAAAAACAAUUCAACAAAGUCCUAUAUAUAUAAAGGAUCAAAAUCAAACUCAUCAUUUUAACACAUCCUCUUCGGAACGUCAUAAUCACAUCAAUGAUGACUAUAAGUCGAAACUUGAUAAUUCUUCUGAUGAUAUGAUACAUACCGAUUACAAUCUUGAAGAGUGCAAAGCCAAUUUGUCAACAUUUAUUUUUAAUAGAAAUCAUGCAUUUAAAGAAGCUGCAAAAGCCUAUCGAAAAGCAAAAACACAGGGACUCUAUAGAGAUAUCGUUACAUAUUAUUCCAAAAAGGCCCAAGAAUAUAACUCUAAAGUUAAAUUAUGGAAUAUGAGAGCCAAAAUGUGUAUGAUACAGAAUAGUCUUCCUAGUUAUUUGAUUGAUCUUCAUGGAUUAACUAUUGCAGAAGCUAUUCCUUUAGUUAAAAAAGCUGUUGCACAAUGGUGGAGCCACGAACAAAAACUUCAAACUGAUAUACCUACACCAUUAGAAAUUAUAACUGGUGCCGGUCUUCAUAGUAAAAAUAAACUGCCUAAAAUUAAGCCAUCCAUACUCCAACUUUUAAAUAAAGAAGGAUGGUUAAUAGAAGAAAAACCCGGAAAAAUUAUAGUACAAAGUUUUCAGACAAAUGAAUUUCAUACAACGCCGAAACAACUCAUUUCUCAUCCUUAA